AUGAAAGGGUCGUUAAAUAUGGUCGAGUGCAUCGUACAAGAACGACAGCUGACCUCUGUAGACGUCAUCGUAGAGGGGCGCGAGCGCGGCGUCGGGCGCGCCCCAGCGGGACGCCUCGGGGUACACCAUGAAGCCGCGCCGCUAGCGCGACAUGGCACUACCAGCGCGUGCGUCUGCGCCGGCCUCCGCGCGCGGACUGAGCCGGCGCACCCACGCGCCGCGCCCCGGAGACCGAUUGCUAACACCACACGCCACGCGAAACCAACGGUUCCCCGCGGCCCCCUCCGACCCCGCGUGCUUCACUUUCGCACGGUCCGCGAACCCCGUCGCGACACUAGUUUAAUUGCAACCCGCCCGCUGCAGCCAGAACCGGAUUUAUUGUCUCUCGGUCGAUAUCACCUCGACGUUGAUGGGAAACCUAAGAGAAAUCGACCAGGGUUCCGUACUCUUGAAACUAGUUAA